AUGAAUGCAACCAUUUCUACUUCAUCAUCAAUAGUUCUCUUUAGAAGAGUAAUAAGAGAGGGACUGAGAUAUAGAGCAUUCAAACAAGAUAGUUGGUGGAGAAAUAAUGUUAAAGAGUUGUUUAGAGAGAAUAAAUCAGUUAGUGAUCCCAAAGAAAUAGAAUCACUUCAAUCACGUGUUAAAUCAUAUCGUUUCUAUUUAAAGGCAUCUAAAGAUAUACAAAACUUAUUAGAAGAGUAUAAUAUUGGUAUCCCUGUAAGAGAACGUUUAGAAAAGUCAUCAAACAGAGUUGGUUUGAAAUUACCAGAAUGGCCAGAGGUUAGAGAACAACAAAUUAGAGCAAGAGAACAACAAAAUAAUCGUAGUACUUUAGCAGACCAAAACAACACUGAUAAACCACAACAAUAA